CGAGAACAUGACCCCCAAUAUUUUUCUAUCUUGGGUCGGCCUCGUCUUCAAGAAAUCAUUAGGCAAGGCAGCCAAAAGUUCAUGUUUGAAUAAAAAAACUUCCCCACCGUUGGAUCCUACCAGCAUCAGGAUCCUUUAAAAGCCCCACCAUUUUCUCAUCUGUUGCAGGCCAAUGUAGCUUCCUCCUCCCUCAUACCUCCGAGCCUCCAAUUCCAGAUGUGGAUUCUGUAAUUAAUUAAUCAAUAUACAUUUCUCCGAUUAAUUUCCACAUCUCGAUUGGAACAAUAAAUUCAAUAUAUAUUUAUAUUUUUUAUCUGGGUUGAUUUGCGUCAAUUAAUUUCUUCUCGAGAUGAAGAAAUGGCUGAGCUUCACCGCCUCCAAGGACUGGUUCUACCGCAUCUCCUUCGCAAACGCCGGCCUCCGCUCCGUCACGACGGACCUCGGCGGUGGCACCACCGUGCACUGCUGGGUCCCGAAGAACCGCGACGGAAAGAAACCCAAUCUGCUCCUGUUACACGGCUUCGGGGCGAACGCGAUGUGGCAGUACAAGGAGGUGGUCCGGCAGUUCACGGCGGAGUACAACGUGUACGUGCCGGACCUGCAGUUCUUCGGGCGGUCGUGGACGGCGGAGGAGGAGAGGACGGAGGGGUUUCAGGCGGAGAGCGUGAUGGGGGCGAUGCAGGCGCAGGGGGUGGCGGGGAAGAUGAGCGUGGUGGGAAUAAGCUACGGGGGGUUCGUGGGGUACGCAAUGGCGGCGAGGUUCCCGGAGGCGGUGGAGAGGGUGGUGCUGUGCUGCGCUGGGGUGGCGGUGGAGGAGAAGGACAUGAAGGAUGGGCUGUUCGUGGUGGCGGACGUGGAGGAGGCUGCCACCAUUUUGGUGCCGCAGACGCCGGAAAAGCUGAAGGAGUUGACGCGCCUUUCGUUUGUGAGGCCCCUGAUCAGCAACGUCCCCUCGUACUUCCUCUCUGAUUAUAUUAAGGUGAUGUGCACAAAAAAUGCAAAAGAGCAGAGAGAACUGAUCCAAACAGCCCUCAAAGGCAGAAAAUUUUCCAACCUUCCAAAGAUCACGCAGCCCACGUUGAUCUUAUGGGGAGAAGAGGAUCAGAUAUUCCCUUUGGAGUUGGGCUACAGAUUAAAAAGGCAUCUUGGGAGCAAUGCUGAAAUGGAAGUGAUCAAGAAUGCAGGGCAUGCUGUGAAUUUGGAGAAGCCCAAGGAAUUCAUUAGGCAUUUGAAAUCAUUUCUACUUAUUGAUCGGCUUCUAUCUCAUCCAUCAGCUCCUCAAUAUGAUGUUAAUAGCAAUAAACUACAUUAGCAGCUCAGUAGGUAUGUAUAUAUAUUUUCAGCUACCUAGCUAAAUUAAUGGAACUAUUUUUCUUCUUAU